AUGGGUCGAAUUAGAAAAGAUGCUCUGGAUUUGGAGUUUUUACCCGCAAAAAGUGGUGUUAAAUUUAUUGGACCAAAGAGGAUUGGUUAUUUUUCAUCUUUCUAUGACAAAGAGAAUCAACUGGUUUAUCGACCUGAUAAAUCAUCACAGAAAUAUUUAGUCUCGACUGAAUUGAACGAGCUGAUGCAUUGUCUCGAAGGAUUCAAUCCUGAAACUGAUAAAUGUUCACUUCCAGAUACAUGGCCAGAUUACUUUCGCUGGAUUCGUUCAAAUGAGGAAAUCAUGCAUGACUUAACUUCGGACAAUCCAAAAUCAUCGAUAGAUUUCAUCUGUUCAAACUCCGUAUUGAAAAACAUAUUGCUUUCGCCAUUCGCUAGAAUUGAUUGGAUCAUCAAUGCUAUCAAAAUUAAUGGCACCAUCUUCCUCUUUAUGAGCGAUGAAGAUCCAUCAAAAAAGAGAGAAAGAGAGUCUUCCAAUGAUACUGAUAAAAACAAACGCGCCUAUGCAAGAUUCAAAGUAAUCAAGAGGAUAACUAAACAAGUUGCAGAGAGAGAAUCAGACUCAAACACUGAAUUGGACGUUCUCAGUACUGUAUCAAGCUCAGAAAUUGGUCAACAUCGUAUAAUGCACUUAGGUAAUUCUGAAUUUGUUAUAAGCAAAGAUGAUGUAGAGAAGCCAAUUGAUCAAGCCAGCUUUGCAGCUCUGAAACUCGUGCCAAACAUGUACAAAGGAGAUAACAAAGAUUUCAAUAUCGACCAUUAUCGUCAUAUGUAUUGGUGGGCAUCUGCUUUGGUUUGUGGCAUCGAAACACUAAUCUGUGGAGAUCUCGAUAAGGACUAUAAUCUUCGCGAAUUGAAUGUUUUUCCAGCCAGUAUACUCAACGAAAAUUAUUCAGCCCAUAAGAAAAAAUGUUUCAUUGCAUUGGACAAAAUUUUAGAUUUCAUAAAAUCUGAAGUCAAAGAAAGCAACAAGUUUUACGAUGUCCAUUUCAAUGCAAAAAAAUCUAGUAGAGAGGUUACCGCGAUUCUUUCAGUUGGUCUCUUAGAAGAUUCUGUUUCACCUCAGCUCUUCACUUAA